AGAGAGGAGGAGGAGGAGGAGGAGGAGGAGGGGCGUGUGCCUGAGCCCGCAAAUGGCUGUGAGAGCUCUGAUGGAUCUGUAGCUUGGCUCCGGCUUUGAUGCUCGAUUAUCCGAGGCGGACGGGAGCGCUGGAACGGACUAUGCUUUGCGGGAGACGGAGGACAGGCCUGCAACGUUGGAGAGGGACGGAGAGGGAGAGAGUGAGGGUGUGCGAGAAGAUGGUUGCUGGUACUGCCCAGCUUGCAACGUCUCCCAAGUCACAGAGUCGAAUACCGGGGUCUGCGACUUGUCAAGAACGUGUGCGAGUCUGGAGAAGCAUGGGACCCAAGGAGGACAGGGAAAUUCUUUGCUGUCGUCACUUCUCCCUGUCAAACUGUAUCGAAAUCGCCCAAAAUUGGGUCGAGGACAGAGAUUGCCGGCGGGUGAAAACUAUUUUUUCUGGCCCUCGCUGGGUCCUGGGAAUCGGGACUCCUGGGUGGGAAAACUGCGACAACCCACACGAGAAACAAGCUGGAGCUAACAGAGUAGCCUCAAGCUCCACCGCGUGGCAGCAAGGACCGUGGGAAAGGGCUCAGCUAGAGCCUAGAGUCUGCUGGACCGACGUCGAGCCAGUUCGUCUUGUUCCAGGAAGCUUCUGUUGGCUGUGGUUCAUCCGCAGCACCGGCGUCAAACCAGGGAAACCCCUUCAACACAGCAUUUGACCGCAAAGUUGGGAACUGGGCGGUCCCCUGGGGGCCCUGGUGUUGGUGCUUUUCGUUGGCGCCGGUGCCAAUCGUCGCCGCUUCGAGUCAGAGCGCCAGAAGCACUCAGGCCCAACUGUGGAGAAGCCCUUGUCUUUCGUUUCUUCCCGUCCGCGACCGUUGCAAUGG